GACACGGAUUACGCUGAUCGCGCAGUACAUUCUCUAUGGCUUUGGCUGAACCCGACGAAUGUGUAUCAUUUCUAUCCGAUAUGUCAUGUUACUAAAAAAGUUAAAGUACAAUGGUAGAAGAAGUUGUUAAUCCCAGCAUUAGAACGAAAAGCAAGACAACUCGACCACGUCCGGUGUAUUUAUGGAAUGUAUUAGAUGUGCAGAAAUGGCUGAGACGACACUGCAGCGACUAUUAUCAGCUAUACUAUGAACUGUUUCUGCAUCAUGACAUUACAGGAAAGACAUUGUUAAGAAUAAAUGAAAAUAGCUUGAGGCGGAUUGGUAUCGAUAAUGAACAACAUAGGAUGGACAUUUGGAGAGAAAUUAUUAAAUUGCAUCUUAAAACAGAUAUGUUAGAGCUUAAGGACAUUGAGCGACGUGAUAAUAUGAUGAACUUUGAUCGAAACAUGUAAAACCUAUUGUUGCACAGAUAUAUUUUUUAAAUAUAUAUUAUUAUUAACGAUUUAGCCGAAUGACAAUUUACCUCCCAAUAUAUGCAGACGUUGUUUAAAUUAUUUAAAUAUUAGUUGUAAACUGAUUCUUAGUGCAGUAGCAGUAGAUGAGAUUUUACGAAUUCAAUUAGAUCAAAAGCAGAAAGAUGCUAUUUUUACAGAUGAAGAUCGUAGCAUUGUAAUGUCCUAUUGAAAAACCUAAAAUUUCUGGACUAUCAAAUUCAAGCAAUUGUUAUUAAAAGAACUAAAAAAGCGAGCUUGUUGACUCGGUCGAAUGUGAAUCUAUGCGACUUGAACUUUCAAGAUACAUUUGAUAGAUACAUUUGAUAAUUAUAUGAAACAGUAAACUCUGCAAUGACAGCUUUGACGAAUCUAAUAAGUUGAUAGCACACAAAACAGUAGAGACAUAACAAUAAUAUUGCAAUAAGCAGUAGCAUGUGUAAACAUAUUAUUGAUCAGAAUAAUGAGAGGAAGAUUAUAGGUGAGAAUAUCCAGAAUAUUAUGAUCAGAAUAUUAAACAGGAGAUUAUAGAUGAGAAGAAUAUUGAAAGUAAUUAGGAAACAGAUUAAAAUAUUAGUUACGAAAAGCAGAAUUUUAUAAAAGGUAUCGAAAUGUUCAAAAUGAACAAAGUAACAAAAGAUUACAAUCGGGAAGAAUGUUCAGAAUUAUCAGAAUAUUGAACAGGAGAUUGCAGCUGAGAGAAUAUUCAAAAUAAUUGGGAAAUAGAGCAAGAGACUAUUAAUAAAAUUAGUUACAAAAACUGGACUUGGAAUGAACAUAAUGAAGAGUUUCCAGAAUGGCCAAAUAUUGCAGCGCAGUAUUCUUGACAGAUUUUAAAUUGAUAUCAUUUACAGAAACACAAAUCAGAGAUGUUCAAUGAUCCGAC